AUGAAUUUGUCCAGACCCCAAAGAUUCGAUGAAAUCCACCUGGCGGAGUCAGGACCGCACACAGUGGACCCUGUCGCACUGGAUAUUCGAAUGGGCCAACGUCCACCACGUCGACGUGGACCGAGAGCUUCCCAUACAUCGCAAGCACGAGAAAGUGCCAUAUUUCCCGGACUGGCAGCUGCAUUGCUGUAUCAUCGUACACGCCAGCAUCCCACUGGUCAUUCACCAACUGUACGUCUCUACACGGGAUGCAAAUUCGGACCCAUUGUCGCCUACCUCUGCUACUACGCCUCGAUGUUCUUCACGACCCGUGAGAUACGCGCCCUGCGCGAGCAAGGCCAUCACCCUGAUCUCCGUCCUACUGGCGGGCAUCGUUUCUACGAGUGGCAUAUCUGUCAGCUCUAUGUUAUAUUUGCGGAAGUGGCCAGCCAAAGUGGUCUUCGACUUCACGAGUCGUCGCCGAACCCUCUUACCUGGUUUAUGUGCUGGUUUGGCGAGGAGCUGGUCAUUGAAGAUCAUGAUCUGCAUCAUCGUAAGGGUUGGAAGAAGAGUUAUAAUUACGGAAAGCAGACUCGUGUUUGGGAUCGUGUGUUCAGCACGUCGACUCCGAUCGAGUGUGCCAGCGAGAACAUUGAUUAUGAGAAUUCGGCACCAACGCCUCUGUUUUAG